AUGGUUUGGGGGUGCUUCGGGCGGCACGCGUCAGACGCGCGCGUCGCACCGGCGCGGUGGGCGGAGCCAAGGUGUAUCCACGCGACAGGGAGGCGUGGCCCCGGCGACCGUCCAGAGGCGUUGAAAAGCGGGGUGGCCGGGGGGCGAGCACUCAGAGCCGCUUUGUUUUUGUUUACCAUCACCACCAUCACCACCAUCACCGCCUCCAUCAUGGACCUUCCGCAGCAGCAGCUUUUGCCGCCCGCCUGCUUCUUCUCCGCGGCGCAGAGCGUCCCGCUGAGCCCCGGCAGCCCCGCCGGCAAACUCCCCACCAAGGCGGCCAAGCGCUCUCGCUCCUCCUCGCCGGAGCUGCUGCGCUGCAAGCGGCGCCUCAACUUCGCCGGCUUCGGCUACACGCUGCCGCCGCAGCAGCCGCACGCGGUGGCGCGCCGCAACGAGCGCGAGCGCAACCGCGUCAAGCUGGUCAACAACGGCUUCGCUACGCUGCGAGAGCACGUGCCCAACGGCGCCGCCAACAAGAAGAUGAGCAAGGUGGAGACGCUGCGCUCCGCCGUGGAGUACAUCCGCGCCCUGCAGCAACUCCUGGACGAGCACGACGCCGUCAGCGCCGCCUUCCAGUCCGGCGUGCUGUCGCCCGGCAUGUCGCAGGGCUACGCCGCGGACAUGAACUCCAUGGCCGGCUCGCCGGUGUCCUCCUACUCGUCAGACGAGGCGUCCUACGACCCGCUCAGCCCCGAGGAGCAGGAGCUUCUGGACUUCACCAACUGGUUCUGAGCACCCCCCCGGCGGGUAAGACCUGCCUGCACCCUUCCACCCGCUCCGGAGCUCCGGGAACUUCUUCUCCCCCCUGCAGGAGCGCGCAUCGGUCAUUUGCGGUCCAGGGCGGCCCCGGAGGAGAAGAAGAUGCUCGGCCCGCCUCCUCCUUGCAGGUUGCAAGAACCAGCAGCCACAAAGACCAAGGGGGGAAACAAAAAAAAGAGGAUUUUCCAGAAGGGACAAGCGGUAGAAAAUGGAUGAACUUUUUUUUAGACCCAAACUCAAAAUGCUUCCAAGUCGCGGAUCUAUCCUCCGAGAUUCUUUAUCAUGCAAAUAUAUUUUUCUAUGUAAAAGAGAUUUAUCAACUUUUUUUCUACACAUCUUUUGUAUAUAAAUAUCUAUAUCUAUGACUAUGUCCAGCUCAGCACCGAUACGUGUCUUAUUUAAUAAUGUAUAUGAUCAAACUUAUGCAGCUAGUGUCCAAACAAAGUUGGAGAGAAAAAAAAAAGGAAGAAAGAAGCAUAUUUUCUACA